AUGAAAAAAUCGAAGGAGUUUAUUGUUCUCUGUUUGACUUAUCAAAUCCUUGCUAUCAGAGGUGAGAAUAUUCGACUUGUAGAUGGCGAAACCCCAUUUGAAGGUCGUGUAGAAGUUUUACUUAAUGGUACAUGGACUGCAAUUUGUAACGAUGGGCUCGAUUUCGAAGACGCGGAAGUCACGUGCAAAAGUUUAGGUUUUCCUGGUGCGAUGCAAAUGGGAAGCUUUCAUGAUGGCAGCCUUGCAUUGAUAAGUAACGUUGACUGUUUGGGAAAUGAGAGCACUAUACUGAGUUGUUCAUACUCUGUGAAUGUCGAAUCGCCAUGUACAACAAACCAUGCUAGUGUUUACUGUGUUUAUCCGGGCUAUGCCGGGUGUUUUAGUGACAAUGGCAGACAUCCCUUAUAUGGCUCGAAAAGUUCACCGAAAACAAUAAUAAGUGGAUGUAUCAAUCACUGCAAAUCAAAGUCAUAUGCUUCUCUAAGGAAUAGUCAGGAAUGUCGUUGUAGUGAUGACCUCCCAGGCGAUGAAUUUCAGUUGGUAUCCAAUGAGUACUGUAGUUCACCUUGUACAAAAGAACCCACUGAUAUUUGUGGUGGCCCGGAUGCAAGUUCCGUGUACAAUACUGCUAUAGGUCGAUGUGGUGGCUCAUUCACUGAUCCUGAGGGCUGGAUAUUUAGUCAAAACUUUCCUUUCAACUAUUGGAAACGCCGAAAAUGUCUGUGGACAGUACAGCAACCUUCAAACUUUGUAAUAUCAGUCACCCUGCGAAUGUUGAAUCUUAGUGAGGGCGACCAAGUACUAUUUUAUAACAUCAGUGGACAACCUAACAACCAACCCGUCAUACUAUCCAACCACAACAGUACCUUAAACAUUGGAGUUGUAUCACAUGACAUUGGGAUCACAUCUAAUAAUACAUUAUUGAUGAGAUUUACAUCAGAUGAAGAUGGGAGAUCACUUGGAUUUGUUGUGUUCUAUGAAGCUUUACAGACAAAUCUAUGCGAUAGUUUCCCAUGCAGAAAUGAAGGGACGUGUUCCUCGGUUCCGGGACGAUUUAUAUGUCGGUGUGUAGAUGGAUGGGGAGGUACUACGUGUGAAGAUAGAGUGAACCCAUGUCAAAGUAACCCUUGUCUAAAUGAUCGGACAUGUCAAUGGAGUGAUGGUGAUAUGUCAUACCGCUGUGAUUGCCCGGAUGACAGAAUAGGUCAGCAUUGUGAAAGAGAUUCAGUUAUACCAACAUCUAGUACAAGGACAACAGUACAUUUCACUAUCAGCGCUCGAUCUGAAAAUGACAAUGAUGACAAGAAAUCAAUAUCUAUCGGUGGCGCCGUUGGUGGUGGGGUUGCUGUGACAGUAGUAGUGGUCAUAUUGAUUAUCUUGGUUGCAGUCGUUCUUCGAACAAAGAAGCUCAAACCCAAACACUCACAAGGUGGGUAUACUGCAGACGGAAUCGCGCAUGGCAAUGACGAUAUUCAAAUGAAUGAAGAUGAAGUUUACUAUUCCGGAAUUGACGGAGUAAUUGAAAACAAACACUGUAAUGUGGAUAGGGAUGCCAGAGGGAUUGAAUAUGUAGUGUCUGAAUCACAUAUAUCGACGAUUGAAUCAGGCGAUGUUAACCACUUUGACCACUCGGUAGAUGAUAAACGUCAAAUACAAAACACGAAGGAGGGGUUGGUGGAUAACUUAAUUUACGAUUCGGUAGAGAACACAAUCGAAACGCCGCGUGUAGAAUAUGCUGAAGAGGGAUUCAUAGAUAACAGCAUUUACGAUUUCGGAGAGGGUACACUUGAAACACCACGUGUGGACACUGCUGAAGAGGGAUUCGUGGAUAACAAUAUUUACGAUUUCGGAGACAGUACACUGGAAGCAACACGAGUAAAGACUGUUGAACAUGAAGACGAGAUAGAUAGCCACACAACAGGCUCACAGAAAAUGAAAACUCCUGGGAAUGUAUCUGUAGUACCCCGGGUUCACGCAAUGGGGAAUAAUGAAAGGUGUACCUAUAAUAUUUUAAAGAACGGUUUAAUUGAUAGUGAAAGUCACCGCAAUGCGGCAGAUGAUACAGAUGGCUUUGUUGAUAAUAUCGUAUAUGAAUCAUUAGAUGGUACAUGUGAGGUUAUUGAUAAUAAUUCUUACAAGUUACAGUGUAAUGUGCACGGUGCACUAAGCGAUCCCAUAAUUCCGAAACAUGAGACUGGAUUUGUUGCCAAUUCACUAUAUGUGUCACUUGGUAUGGACGAGGCAGAUGCAGGAAAUGACCAAAGUGCUAUCACGGAAGAAAGUACAUACGAGUCCGUCAUAUAG